AUGAAGACAAAAGCUUUGUUGGUGUUCAAGCUAGACGAAGAAGGAAACGCUGUUUACACUGAAGACAUUGGAGAUCUCGUCAUUUUCCUCUCCAGGGCUGAACCUUUCUGUGUCCCUGCUAGCUCCUUUCCUGGCAUGUACCCCAACAGAGUUGAAAUCAUUGAUGUUGAUGAACUCGAAUUUGUCAAUCUGGCUACAGGCACCUUGCGUUCACAAAACAUCCAGACACUAUCUUACGAAGAGAGAAUUGAGUUGUGGAAUUUAGAAAAUGAGCAAUUUGAGGAGUUAAUAAUUCAACCAACUUUGAGUUAUUAUGAUCGAUAUUUUCAUAGAGCACCUGCUCGGACAGACGGAGGUUUAGGGUGGAGAAAUAUGUGGUCUCGACUUCAAGAAGAUGAUGCUGCUUGUCUUCAACUCCUACGAAUGUCACUACCAUGUUUCCGAACACUAUGUAACAUGCUACAAACGAAUUAUGGUCUGAAACCAACUUCAAAUGUAAGCAUUGAAGAAAGUGUGGCUAUAUUUUUGCGUAUAUGCGGGCACAAUGAAGUUCAAAGAGAUGUUGGGUUGAGAUUUGGACGAAAUCAAGAGACUGUGAAAAGAAAAUUUAAAGAAGUUCUUAAAGCGACAGAAUUACUUGCAUGCGAUUAUAUCAGAACUCCAACACGACAAGAACUAUACCGAAUUCCUGAAAGACUUCAAGUACAUCCAAAAUAUUAUCCAUUUUUUAGUGGAUUUGUUGGAGCUAUGGAUGGGACUCAUGUUUGCGUAAAAGUACCACCAGAAUUACAAGGAAUGUACUGGAAUCGACACGAUAAUGCAUCGUUGAUUAUUAUGGCACUUUGUGAUCUGAAUAUGCUAUUCACAUAUAUAUGGAAUGGGGCACCGGGAUCUUGUCAUGAUACAGCCGUUCUCACAAUGGCACAAGAAAGCGAUCCUGAAUUUCCUUUGCCUCCAAUGGAAAAGUAUUAUGUCGUUGACUCGGGUUAUCCAAAUAGGCAAGGAUUUUUGGCUCCAUAUAAGUCAUCACGAAACAACGUUGUCAGAUAUCAUAUGUCACAGUUCAACUAUGGUCCUGCUCCACGGAAUAAAGAAGAAUUAUUUAAUCGAUAUCAUGCGUCUCUACGUUCAGUUAUCGAGAGAACUUUUGGAGUUUGGAAGAAAAAAUGGAGGAUUCUUUGUGAUUUUCCAAGAUAUAGUAUCAACAUACAGCAGAGAGUGGUCAUGGCUACAAUGGGAUUGCAAAAUUUUAUAAAAAUUUCAAACUUUUCAGAUACAGAUUUUGCUGAAGUUAUGGCAGAAACAUGAGGAUUCAAUACACAAGCAGAGACUGAUUUUCAUACCGAUUUAGAUGAUGUGGAAACAAUUGAAGUGACAGAUGGAGGACAUAUGGCGCAAAUAAGAGAUAAUAUUGCAAAU